UCUGUCAAUCCUCCUUAUAUUUAACCACAAAGAUAAUUUGUCUUUAUCUAAAUUAACAAGACACAACCCAGCCUUUGCGAAGAAGGAUGCAGAGACAUCAGAAUUUACAUUGCAAGUUGUUUCUUGUUGCCAGACGUGAAUGGCCGUGUCUUGAUUUUGUUUGUUUGUUUUCCUACUUUUGGAAAAACCCCAAAACCCAAAAUAUAGGGUUUUUAAAUUUAAUCUCAAGAGUUACUGUAAAAGGUAUAUUGUUUUGCUAAAUAUAAAAAAAGAACACAUCGUUUAAAAACACUAUAUAGUAAAAAUAGUUGUCAACACCAAAAAUAUAUCUAUAAAAUGCUGCCAUUCAUUUCUUAAACCUUUCAUCUCUCUCGUACUCAGAAAUAAUAGAAUGGGAAAACAACAAGAUUGGUCCGUGACCGCUUGUAUUUUCCUAUCGUUGUCUCUAGCAUCACAAAUCCAUUGUAGUAGCCAAACACAUUUUCCAAGCCACAAGGGAGGAGCUGGUUUGUCAGGUGACACAAGCCACUUCAAUUCUGUUAGUCGCGAAAAUGUGCUUUCGCUUAAGGAGAAAGAUCUAAUCGAGAAGCUCCCCGGACAACCUUCCGGCAUUAGUUUCAGACAGUACGGUGGUUAUGUGGCCGUAAACGAACCAGCCACUCGGUUUUUGUACUAUUAUUUUGUGGAAGCCAUCAAACCUAGUAAAUCUACUCCUCUUGUGCUCUGGUUCAACGGAGGACCGGGGUGCUCAUCUGUAGGAUUUGGGGCAUUUGAAGAGCUUGGUCCAUUUCGCGUACAUAGCGAUGGCAAAACGCUUUACCGCAAUCCUUAUUCAUGGAACAACGAGGCGAACAUGUUGUUCUUCGAAGGGCCAAUAAGUGUAGGAUUCUCGUACUCGAGUACUCCUUUUGAUUGGGAGAUAUUUGGGGAACAAGCGGAUAAGCUAACAGCAGAGGAUAACUACAUGUUCUUGGUGAAUUGGCUUGAAAGGUUUCCGGAAUAUAAAGGACGAGACGUUUACAUCUCCGGUCAGAGUUACGCUGGCCACUAUAUUCCCCAACUGGCCCAGAUCAUCCUUCACCGUAACAACCAAACCUUCAUCAAUCUACGAGGCAUUUCGAUCGGUAAUCCAGGUCUCGAUUUACUUAUCGAGGCUGAUAAUGAGAAUAAAUUUAUUUUAAGUCAUGGUUUGGUUUCCCAAAAAGAUUUUGAAGAGUACAGUAAAGUCUGCGAUUUUGCCAACUAUGAUAUGGACGAAUGCCCAAAGAUAAUGCCUAAAUUUAGUAUUGAACAUAACAAACACUUGGACGUUUACAACAUAUACGCUCCCGUGUGCCUAAACUCCACGUUAAGCAGCGAACCCAAGAAAUGCACCACAAUAAUGGAGGUUGAUCCGUGCCGUUCCAACUACGUGAAGGCUUAUCUUAACAGCGAAAAUGUUCAAGAAGCGAUGCAUGCCAACACCACAAAAUUACCGUACGAGUGGAAGGCUUGCAAUCACUACUUGAAUUCCGUAUGGAUCGACGCUGAUAAAGAUGCCUCAAUGGUUCCUAUCCUUCACGACCUGAUGGGUGAGGGUGUCCGAGUAUUGGUGUAUAGUGGGGACGUGGAUGCGGCUAUUCCGUUUACAGCUACAAUGGCCGUGCUGAAGACGAUGAAUCUAACGGUUGUAAACGAAUGGCGUCCGUGGUUUACCGGAGGACAACUGGGAGGGUUCACAGAGGAUUACGAACGGAACUUAACGUAUGCAACUGUGAAAGGAUCAGGUCAUUCUGUUCCUUUGGACCAACCUGUACAUGCUCUUAAUCUAUUUACCAGUUUCAUCCGUAACACUCCUCUCCCUCAAACACCCUGAUUUGUAACAUGUACCACCUCUAUUGACUGAUCAAGAUACUUUGGUUUAUAGAUGGAUUUGAUGUUUCGUGUAACUAAAGUCAAUAUUCUACUCAGAUAGUCAUAUUCACAUAUAUAUAUUUUGGUAGUAUACCAUCCGAAAAUAUCACUAACGCAAGAAGUAAAACUGUUGUUUACCUAAACCAUUUUAUUCUUUUUGCAUUGUUGUUUAUGUCGUCUAAUCAAUGCUC